AUGUCACAUCAUAAGAAACGCGUCUACCCUCAAACUCAAUUCCAAUAUAGCGCUCCGCCUCCCGCAGGUUCACCAGGGUACGCAGCAGCUCCUGGAAUUGCAGUAGCUCCUGGUCCGCAGCAAGCACAACAGUUCUUGACUCCUGCUCAGCAACAGCUCCAUCAGCAGAUUGACCAGGCUACCAAUUCAAUGGGGAAUAUGCAAUUACACAAUGUUCCAGUGGUUGACCCUAAUUCGUUUUACCAAGCAGGAGCCCCAUCACGGCCUGUGGUUGCAGAUCCUGUGGCUGGUUCACAAUAUAACGAGCAACCUUAUAGUCACAUUGCAAUUGGUAAGCCUAUGAAUCAAUUAUAUCAAAUUGAUUUGUUUCAGGAAUUGCCGCCACCAAUUACUGAUCUUUCAUUACCACCACCACCGUUGUUGGUACCACCUGAUAAAAUUGUGGCUCCGUCUGAAGAUGCCAAUGCUUCGCCAGACUAUUUGAGAUGUACCUUGAAUGCUCUUCCAAAGUCCAAUUCUUUAUUGAAGAAAUCAAAAUUGCCGUUAGCUAUGGUUAUUAGGCCGUACCAGCACCUUGAUGACAGUAUAAACCCUCCGCCUUUGAACACUGAUGGGUGCAUUGUUCGUUGCAGACGUUGUCGUUCCUAUAUUAAUCCCUUUGUGAUGUUUUUGGAUGGUGGCAGACGUUGGAGAUGUAAUUUCUGUGGCUUGGGAAACGACGUUCCAAACGCAUUUGACAUGGAUUCGCAAGGUAUCCCAGUAAAUCGUUAUGAAAGAAAUGAAAUUCAGCACGCCGUAGUCGAAUAUUUAGCGCCAAGGGAAUAUGCUGUGAGAUUGCCACCUCCAUCUUGUUACGCUUUUAUCUUUGAUGUUUCACAGAAUUCUAUAAAAAAUGGAUUGCUAGCUACUGCUACAAGAACUUUAUUAGAGUCGUUGGACUCUUUGCCAAAUCAUGAUGAAAGAACUAGAAUUACUAUUUUGGCUGUUGAUCAUACUAUCCAUUAUUUCUCUAUCCCCCCCGAUGAAGAAGGUGAUCAUAUUAAGAUGAUGGAUGUUGUGGAUUUGGACGAACCGUUUAUGCCAAUGCCAGACACGAUGUUUGUCACCCUAAAACAAUGCAGAGCCAAUGUGGAAAAAUUAUUAAGCCAAAUCCCUGAGAUCUUCCAAUCGAAUAUCUUGCCAAAAUUUGCUUUGGGCCCGGCGUUAAAGGCCGCUCACAACUUAAUAAAAAGUAUCGGUGGUAAGAUUAUUGUUACUUCUGCUACUCUACCUAACGUUGGUAUUGGCAAGCUAAAUAAAAGAAAUGAAGCUAGUGUUGUGAAUACUAACAAGGAGGCUUCACAACUUUUGAGCUGUGGAGAUGCUUUUUAUAAGAGCUUCACUAUUGAUUGCAACACAACACAAGUCACAAUUGAUUUGUUUUUAGCAUCAGAUGAUUAUCUAGAUGUUGCAUCCUUAUCCAGUUUAGCAAGAUACACAGGUGGCCAGACUCACUUUUAUCCUGGAUUCACAGCUUUGAACUUAAUAGAUGUUACAAAGUUUUCAAAAGAAUUUUCCAAACAUAUAACCAUGGAUUUGUCUAUGGAAGCUGUCAUGAGGGCUCGUGGUUCCACUGGUUUAAGAAUGAGUUGUUUCUAUGGUCACUUUUUCAAUAGAUCCUCCGAUCUAUGUGCCUUCCCAACUUUUCCUAGGGACCAAUCUUAUGUCUUUGAAAUAUCUCUAGAUGACGAACUUGUACGUGAUUAUGCGUACCUUCAGAUUGCCGUUUUGUUAUCACAGAAUACUGGUCAAAGAAGAAUUAGAGUGAUUACAGUGUGCCUACCAACAACGGACAACUUAGCUGAGGUAUAUGCUUCCGCUGACCAAUUGGCUAUGACAGCAUAUUACGCACACAAAGGUAUUGAGACUGUGAUGAACUCAGGUUUUGAAGCCGCUAGAGAAUACUUAGACAAGUCUGUUCAGGACGUAUUGGCUACCUACAAAAAGGAAAUAGCGAUGUCCAAUACUGCUGGUGGUGCACCUUUGAGGCUUUGUGCUAACCUAAGGAUGUGGCCAUUGCUAAUGCACUCUAUGACAAAACAUAUGGCCUUCAGGUCCGGAAGAAUUGCAGCUGACCACCGUGCUGCUGCAUUGAACGCCUUGGAAUCAAUGCCACUCCCACAUUUUAUUAAAACUAUUUACCCAACUGUUUACUCAUUACACGAUAUGCCUGACGAGGCCGGUUUGCCAAAUGAGAAUGGUGAAAUUGUUUUACCCCAGCCAAUUAAUGCGACCUCUUCCCUGUUCGAGAGAUACGGUUUGUAUUUGAUCGAUACUGGUAUGGAUAUCUUCUUGUGGUUAGGUGGCGAUGCUGUUCCUGAAUUAGUCAUGGAUGUUUUCGGCACUCAAGAUAUCAUGCAAAUUCAAAUUGGAAAAGGUGAAUUACCAAUAUUAGAGGACUCCGAAUUUAAUGAAAGAGUUAGAAACGUUAUCUGCAAAUUGAGGGAACACGAUGAUGUCAUAAUAUUUAAGACGCUUCAUAUUGUGAGGGGUGCAUCCCCAAGUGAACCAGUGAACCAUGCUUCAGCAAAAGAAGUUGCUUCUCUACGACUAUGGGCUACUAGUCAAUUGGUAGAGGAUAAGGUCCAAAGUAGUUUCACUUACCGCGAAUUUUUGCAAAGCAUGAAAACGAAGAUCAGCAAGUAA